ACGUCGGAUUAGGAUUUCUAAAACCGAUUAUUGAACAAACUUCAACUUAAACGACUGAACUUCAAUGAAAUCAUUGUUUUUGUACAACGGUUGUAUCCCCAUCGCACCCCUGCUGUUUGUCUCUCCCGUGUUUUGUAGCCAGGUCGUUUUCCCGGUGCUCACCUGAAAUCCCCGCGGCAGCUCUCAUCAUGACAAAGCUUCUGGAGUGGCUGUUCGGCGUGUCGGUCUUCGGCGUAGUCUGGGCUUUGGUCACUUUCGACCUGUUGGACCUGAGCCUCCCGCAGACGUACAGAGAAGUUGCCUGGCCGAUGCCUCUCUAUCUGCUGGUGUCUUUUGGCUGCUACUCCCUGGCCACGGUGGGAUACAGAGUGGCUACCUUCAAUGACUGCGAGGAGGCGGCGAAGGAGCUACAGGAGCAGAUAGUAGAGGCCAAAGAGGACUUGAGGAAAAAGGGCUUAAAGAUGUAGAAUUUGAGAAGAACUUUGUAGAAACUUUUCAGAGAAUGACAGAGCUGCACGGACCACUUUGACACACAGCCAAGUGUGUGCACUUGUGAUGUUGGAGUCACUGAAAAAUUGCGUAUCUUUUGUUGAAGUUGUGAAAUUUCUUGAGUGAGGCUGAAGACUCAUUUUUCUUUCCUGCAGAUAUGAUCUGUACAUCAGUCAUUAUCAUCCUUCAUCCAGCUGUGCUUUACAGAGUGUCCUGUGUCCUGUCUUUCAGAUUAGAUAUUGAUCGGAUAUACUCCAGGAAAUUAGACAUUAGUGUCCUAAUGUGUGUUUUUCCACGUUACUCAUAAAUUACAUCAGAGCAGUUUGCAUUCUCACCAUUCGAAGACCUCUUUUAUAAAGUUACGAGUGAUGCUGAAAAGUCAGUUUCUCUUUGAAUCAAAUGGUAGCAGCUGGUUUUUUACUGAUUGGCACACCAUAAACCACAUGAAAGAAGAACACACAUGGUGCCUUCUUUGGUUGCAAACUGCACACAUUCAGAUACCCCCCAAGAAUUGCUGGUAUGCUAAAUUAUCAUCUGUAACCAGUUGCCGAUCACUGAAAUGCCAACAAAUGAACCCCAGAGGUCACACUGGAGUAAUCUGACUGAAGUCUGUGUCCCCUGAGUGUUCUCAGAUGCUUUCAAUCUGCAUCAGCUCCAAAGCUGUGCUACACUGUGUGGACCUUGUUGUGGGUGUCUGGAGAUUGUUGCUUGUCAGUAUGGAUGGACUAGAUUUUAUCUGUAAAGAAGUGUACAUUCCGUUGUCCAAUUUCAUACUUGUGUCCUGCGGCUCUUCGUGGGAUUUAAUUAAAAUGGAGCCUGUUUCCUUCA